AGGGAGGGAGGAAGGAAAAGGAAGGAGAGAAAGAAAGCUCUAUUCUGAUUGAUUGAUUGAUUGACAUCGUUCCUGGCUCCUUCCAAAGGAGCUGAUCUCGUGGCUUCUCCUUCGUCCUCUGCCGCCCUUCUUACCCUCCCUUCUUCCUCCUUUCCCAGGGAGCGAAGGGGCUGGCUGAGGACCAUGGACCCCUCCUCCUGAAAAGCCCAGCGGGGCCAUGUCCACCACAGGCAUUGCGGCCCAGGAGGUCAACCUCUCCUUGAACCCGGGCUUUCUCCGUAAUGGAAGCCUGGAGGCCUGUUGCCGUCGCCACAACGGCCAGCUUGCCAACCCUUUCUUCCACGUGGACUCGGUAGCAAUGGCUUGCAACUUGAACCCAGGACCGCCUCCUCUGACCUCCGUCGGCCAGGUCUCCUGUCCUGAUCCAGACGGUGGUCCGAGCUUCCUCUUCAGAGCCAGCCCUUCUCUCCUUCACUCCCCUGCUCCUUCCACCUCCGAAGACCGCCUCGUUUCCGGCUUCGGCGGACUGUCUCUGACCAUCAGCCGGAACGCCGAGGAGACGCCUUCUCCAAUCCCGGGGAAGAGCGGGCCACUCCUCUCCCUUCCCCUGUCUUCGGCGGAGCGAAGCGCCCGUCCGCUCCCGCCUCUGCCCGUCACCGAAAACUUCCUGCACGACGAAGUGGACCGAGAAGUGGAGUUCCUGACCACUUCGGACACUGAGUUUUUGCUGGAGAGCUGCGCGAGUCCUGGGUUUAAGCUGUUGGCCCAGGGUCAGCGAAGUUUCAGGGGCUGCGGCCAGAUUAACUACGCCUACUUCGACGCUCCGGCAGAGGUGAAGCCGCAACAGGCCGGCUGCCCGGAGAACGCCUGUCCUCCCCUUCCCCCUCCACAACAACCUCACCGCCGGUUGCGCCGCUCCCAUUCCGGCCCUGCUGGGUCCUUCAACAAACCAUCAAUCAGAGUCUCCACCCACCUCUGUCGCUCGUCUCCCAGCUCCGACGACGACAAGCCCGAGGUUCCCCCCAGGGUACCUCUGCCUCCUCGUCCCCUCAAACCCGACCAUCGGAGGUGGUCGGCCGAAGUGACCUCCGGUGCGUAUAGUGAUGAGGACAAACCUCCCAAGGUGCCUCCGCGGGAACCUCUGCCCUGGAGCCAUUCCCGGACGCCGAGUCCCAAAAUGUUGCCGGCGUAUCUCCACGGGGUCAUGCCCCCGACGCAGAGUUUCGCCCCGGAUCCGAAGUACGUCAGCAGCAAAGCUCUCCAGAGGCACCACAGCGAAGGUUCGGCCCACAAGGUGCCCUGUAUCCUGCCCAUCAUCGAAAACGGCAAAAAAAUCAGCUCCACUCACUAUUACCUCUUGCCGGAGAGACCCCCUUAUUUGGACAAGUACGAGAUGUUCUUCCAGGAGGCAGAAGAGGGCAGCUUGAGGCCGGAGGAGGGACGGCAGCCGGCCGGCCAUGAAGCCGCCACGCUGGUCAAGGCUGAGCGCAAACACUUGGCGUGCAUGGUUUCUCCCUAGGGAUUCAGUGAACGCCGCAAAGAGUUGGAAUCUGAGAACGACAAUUCCUCCUCCCAAGGACCCUGUGUAGAGACUUAGCUGCUCCUGGACGUAAAAGGGGUGGUGGAGACGCCAGUGCUGAAGCCUCCUGGACGGACGGCCAUGGUAGCCACGGCUCAAACUGCCGACACCCAUUUGCUCGGGCAGGAGAAGAUUUGGAAGGGGAACAAGCCCUACACAACGGAGGUUGGCCAGUUAUUGAAUAGUCUAGAGCUGCGGUCUCCGGCCUUUACGGUUUUACGGACCGGGGGAGUGGGUGGGAUUGUCUCCGUUAGCGCAGCUCCUUUCUUGCGACCGGCGGGCACGCACAUCAGCCCCUCGCACAAAGGAUGUUACGUGUAUCCGCUCGGUUCUGAACAGGACACGGCCUGGUAGCGGACUGCGGCCCGUGGUUCAGCCCCCCCUUCCGUUCUAGAAUAAUAUAUACCUAUAUGUAGAAACUCACCUCAGUUAGAACGAAUGAAUUGUUGUCUGGCUAAGGAGACCGAUGGCUUUAGCCGAAGAAAGGAAGUUCAGUAUUUUUUAUUUUAUUUUUUGCCGGUGUUAAUAGACGUUUUUCCACUUUGGGGGGUAGGUAACCUUUUAAAUUAUUUCUGUCCUGGGAUGUUUUCUCUUCUGUGUUCCCUUGGGGUGGGGGGUGGGGAAACAUGAGUUGGCCACCCACUUCCCUGUCUAUUCUUUGGGCGACGCAGCCGUCUACAUUUUGGAGGUCCAAGAAAGAUUUAUUUGAUUUCGCUAGAUCAGCGGUCCCCAACCUUGCUAGCUUGGUGGU